AUGUACUCCAAGCACAUGGCUGUCGCCAUCGCGCUGGUGGCGCAGACCUACGCUCACGGAAUCUUGGGCGAGAUCGUCACGGACGGCGUCCGGCAUGCCGCGUUCCAGACGGACUACAUUUACCGCAAGCAGAAUGGCAAUCCGACUCCCGAUCUCAUCGCCUGGUCUACCGAGAGCUUGGAUAGGGGCUACAUCGAGCCCAACAGCCUGCAUACGCUGGAUAUCAACUGCCACGUCAACGCGCAGCCCGGCGCCUUGACUGCCCAGGUCGCUGCCGGCGGCAAGGUCGACUUUUUCUGGCCCGACUGGCCCCAUGAUGUCGGCCCUGUGCUCACCUACAUCGCCUCGUGCGGCGGUGACUGCGCGUCUGCCGAGAAGUCGGCGCUCAAGUGGACGAAGAUUGACGAGGCGGGCUACGACGGUCAGUGGGCGGUUGAGAAGCUUAUUGCCAACAACUUCACCUGUACGACCACCGUCCCUUCGACCAUCGCCCCCGGCAACUACGUCUUCCGCAACGAGAUCAUCAACCUCCACAGCGGCGCCGAGCAGAACGGCGCCCAGCUGUACCCCCAGUGUGUGAACAUUGAGAUCACGGGCACGGGCACCGACGCCCCGAACGGCGUCCUGGGCGUCGAGCUGUACAAGGCGGACGACGCCGGCAUUCUCUUCGACCCCUACGCGAAGGGGAUGUCAACAUACCCGAUCCCCGGCCCUGGUCUCUACGUUGCUGGAAACUCCGCCCUAGCUCCCACCGGUUCAUUUUCUCCCGACCCUCCUCCUCAUCAUACCGACAACGUUUCUUCCGUGGUAGCUGCAGUUACUCCUGCAACGGCUUCCGCCACCCCUUCUGCCGCCGCCCCCACUACUUUCAGCACUCGUACCAAGCCUGUAGGUUCCCGCACUCGCUCGUUGGGCUCUCGCACUCGUACGUUGGGUUCCGAAACUCGGACGAAGAGCUCCCAGGCUGCGUCGACUGUCUGUGGCUGGCGCUGA